CUUUUACCCUCGCUGAGAUCCAUUGCUACGGCCGCACAAACAAAUCAUGGCUCUGCUCCUUUCACGCCGCGCUUUCUCAGCAAUCUUAGACACUCCACCUGGUUUGCGAUCGGUCAUUGCUCGGCAGGUCUUUGCUAGCCAACCUCAACACCCAUUCGCCGCGAGAGGUGUACUCGCAGCGUCCGCCAUUUCACGAACAUGUAAACUUCAACGACGCUCCCAAUCCACGUCCGCGACUCCUCUCCCUCCUACCGACACCACCACCGCUCCUCCAACCACUCCACCCCUUCGACCCUCCCGCAUCCUCCGCAUCCUCACCACCUCCAGCCUCGUGCUCGCAUUCUUCACAGUCGGCUUCAUCAUGGGCUCCGCACCCGCCGCCGAAGCCGUCAAUGGCUACCUCCACUCCCCCAGCGACGAAGAAUCCCUCACACUGUUCAAACCCACCACCCCGCGCGCCGAAGAAGUCAACUUCAACAUCAUCAACCACCCUCUCGCCGUCGCCCUGCGCGCCGACCCCACCAUGACCGAGUCCCGCCCUCACCUCAAAAUCCCCGAAUCCAUGCGCGCACACAACUUGACCUGCGGACCACUCAUGGGCGAGGAGAAAAUCGAAGUCCCGCCGCUCAUGUUCACGAGUAAAGAGGCGGAACUGCCCGCUUCCACGCAGAUUUUCUACUUGGGACCGGCGCUGUGUGGACACCCGGGGAUUGUACAUGGAGGAUUACUGGCGACGUUGUUGGACGAGGGACUGGCGAGGGCGUGCUUUCCGGCACUGCCGAAUAAGAUUGGCGUUACGGCGAGUUUGAAGAUUGAUUAUAAGAGGCCUUGUCCGGGAAGUAGCUAUAUUGCGUUGAAGGCGGAGACGACAAAGGUGGAGGGAAGGAAGGCGUGGGUUAAAGGUUGGAUAGAGGUUAUUGGGGAGGAUGGAGAGGGCGAUGGGGUACAUGUUGUUGAGGCGGAGGCGCUGUUUAUUGAGCCGAAGCAUGCGGCGAAGAUGGUACGGUUGUAUGGAGCUCCUUGAGUUAAAGAGAUAUUGGGAGGACAUG